ACAAGCCAGUAGUGCAGCGGCAAGGUCAUCGCGUCCUUCUGUUGCAAGCAGAGCAGAAAGACAAGGGCGGCAAAAAUUAGAUAACCAAAUAGAAGGGACUGUGUCCCUCUAAUAGUGGUUAAACUAUUAAGAACAGAUACUACACUUGAUCUAAGCCAAAAGGCCAGAGUGGUGAAGAUUCAUGAUGUUCAGCACUGGCCUUUAUACGAAGCCAAUGGUGGUCCGUGCGCGAGCGUUGCCGAGAGUUUCACGUGCGUGCUGGUACUUGAGAUACUAUUACGUAGCCCAGCUUGUUUCCUUCGCCUUGGAAGUUCCACGAAUUUCCCCUCCGACAUUUUAGGCCCAGCCUCUGAGCCCCGAUUCACCCCAGUCGAGUCCAGUGUUGUUGAUGCUAGACGUACGGACGCUCAGUCUCCUCCAUCAGACGUUAUACAGGCACUAUCUCCACCGACCGAAUCAGUGCAUCAUCAACAACGACCGCGUUGCGGCGUCCCUCAUGAAACAUCGCGGUGGCAUUCGCUAUCUGUCUGACUCGAGCUCGAACCCGAAUCAGCGCCCGUCACCCUGAACGAAUGAUUCGGUCGCUACUAAGCUUGACAAGAACAGCAAUGACUCGUCUCCUCGAUGAAUUCGCUGAUAUAAAGAUGAUGGCUCGUACUCCUGAUCAAAGCAAUGUCCUCCGCAUCGACCUCUCCUUCUGCCUCAUGGAGACAGCCUGUGUCUGCCUCUGGGGCGGAGGCACCUCCAACGAUGCCCCUCCUCCACUCUAAAAUCUCCUUCGCGGUGGACGCAUCAGGGUCGACAGCGGGCAGAGUCAUGGACAUGCAAAAGAAUUUCGUGUUGGGAAUGAUGGAAGGGUAUGAAUAUCCCAACUCCGUCAUUAUGUGGGGAAGCAGCGUCGAGGCACCAACCGCCGUGUCCCAAGUCCUUUGGAGGGAACGAUCAUGGGGCACCGACCCGGCCGUGAUCUUCAACACCGCAGCGACAACGUCAGAACUCAAGAGCUGUGACAUGUGGUACCUGCUCACUGACGGCGAGAUUGGCUCCCCUGUCCCUUUCGCGCAGAAAGCGCUCGCUGUAGGCAUGGCCAACACCCCCGUCGUGUUCGUCAUCACGAAUCGCGACGGAAGCAAGCCCUCGAGCGUCAACAUUUCUGUCGGGAUAUCUGUCUUCGCCUCGGCCCCUGACGCCGCCAUCGUCUUCAAGAGCUGCGCGGAUGGGCGCAUAUACGUCCUCGCCGCGAAAGGAGCAUUCGGAACUCUCGUGGAUGGGUUCGAACUGGAUCUCGAGAAUUGGGAGUCGCUGCCCUUGUUCCCCACGGAAGAGCAGUUCAAGGCAGCGCUCAAGGAUGUGAACAUCGUUGGAGUGCAGCACCGUGCUAACGGAGGUGCCGUCGAUCUUGGCCCAACGUGGCUGUCCAAACACCAGUGCUUAGUCGACAUCGAUCUCUUGCUCACGCAGAUGCAACCAGACAGCAUCCCGCAAGAUGAACUGAUUGACCUCCUCCAAGAAGACACAUUCGAAUCGCUGUCUCUUUUGUGCAAGACACGCGGUCUUUUGAAGCCUCUUCGGGAUUGGUUGUUGGUUCGGAAGGAGAGUGUAACCGUGAUUGAGAUGCGGGAUGUGGGUGGGGCUGCCCAGAUUCUUCAGCAGAUUCGAGACGGCGCACCUUCCGAAGGGCUACGCGAGAAGCUCCGUGCAGCACAUCAAACUAAUCUUGAGGAUUUCCGAGCGCGACAUACGUCCAUCACACCCUCACCUCUCGUCCCGCUUGUGAACCGAUGCCUCGCUGCUCUCACAGCACUGGAGAAGGCGGGCUAUGGCGCGGAUAUCCUCGACCGUCGGUCAAACCGGGCGAUGCGUGCAGCACUCGUUGACUCUUCACAAGUCGGUCAGCAGCUGGCCACUCUCAGCCUGGACGAAUCAGUAGAGGCGUAUCGGUCGACCUGUUCCAUCUGCUGCUCGGAUGACGUCAUCAUGUCUCUGGCUCUCAAAUCCCCAUCGAAUCCGAGCGACAACACCACUGAUUAUGCACUCAACUUUCCGCUUGCUGCCGGUGCUGCGUCGCACAACCAGGACGUGCUCAGUGCUCAAAAUGUAUGCUUCCAGUGUGCCCUGGCCAUGUUCCAAAUGGAUCCCAAUCGGGCGACGAUGUACAACGAAGCUGUUGCCGCUGUCGUACCCCUGACCAAAUUUGACGGUGUGAACCGCCAGUACAUCUCGAAUUGUCUUGCGAGCGUGUUGACCGGUGGAUUGGCCACUGGCGCCUCGGGGCUCGCCCAAGUUCUCAUGAGUAUCUUGUUAACGACGAUGAAGACCAAAGAAUGGGCCAAGGAAUCUGCUGGCGACGAAGAGAUUCAGACCCGACGAGCGGGUCUGCUCUGGAUGGUUGACAAUCUCAUCUCCAACGUAUCUUGUCGCGAGACCUUCGAUGAAACGGGGCCGUGGGUCUCCUUCGACAAGGCGCUGCGCUGGACUUUGCUCAACUUUUCCGAGGAGGGGAUCUACAGCUGGAUAGUGCGGUACCCCAUCCCUGGAUUCCUUUUGCUGCUCGACCUUCUUGCGAAAGUGGGCGGAGUGCAGAUUCCCCAGUCUCUGCUUGUGGCCAAACUCGUGCACGAAAUGGUCACCGUCUACAUGGCACGGAUUGUGCGGCCGACAGCCGACAAGCUCGCUGUCCAGCGGCAGAUCCUCAAGGUCGUCUUCUCUUCGUUCAACGCAGAAGGCGUUCCACGACAUAUCGACGACUCGCAUGCUAUCAUUGGUCCCGACGCGGCCUUCAAGACUUUGGACACCUGGAUCGGUUCUCCGGAGUCUUCGACAUUGAUUGAGCAGAUCCGCGCGGCGGGUGGUGACAAAUAUGCGUCAGCCUUGCAAUAUGUUGCAUUCAAGCUAUUCGCGGAAGACAGCCACCAAACCCCCAAGGGCUAUCUCACCCGGGCAGCCCAAGCUGACGUGCACAUCCAGACAGCGAUCACCAAGCCGGAAGAACUGACCGCUGCGGUCGUCGUUCCCGUAUUCACUGCAAUGUGGACCGGAAUUGCGGUUGACGUCGAUCACGCAUCCGUGACUGUUGAGACGAUCGCCCAGUUCGUGUCUCCCUAUGGCCCAAGCACACUCAAAUGUGGUACUGGGAAUUGCGGGGUGCGGUUUGAUGGAGACGGUGUCCAUCCCGACGCCGUGCGCAAAGCGCGUGCCGCCCAUCUCUCAAUGGCCUACGGAAUCGCUGGCGUCGAGUCUCGCACGGGGAAUGGGCUUCCUGAAAACACAGGGCGGCUGCAGGCCCCGACCACGACACACGUCACCCUCCACUCGAGCAUAUACAAGUCGUGGAAAUCACUUGACCGCGAUGCUCGCCGUCUCAUCCUGGAGGAAGUCACAUCCGGCCACGUCGACUCCAACAAAACCGAGACCGCGAGCUUCAUCGAUAAGGUCAUGGACCAUAUCUGCUUGAAAAGCGCCCGCGGCGAUAUCUACGACCAUCGGCUGCGUGAAAAUGUGCUCUGGGUGCUUCCCAGUUUCUUCGCUGCGUUGCACAAGGCGACAGUACUGAUGCACCUCUCGGACGAUGCCGAACUGGAACUACUCGACUUCUCUCUGGCGGCGAGAAUCGAAUGGGAGCUCGAGGCUGAAAAGUUGUAAUCAUACCCACCCAUGUAUUAUCGUAAUCUGCGAAUUGCUU